CGUGUCUACACGAGAUAUACACAAAAAUAAUGUUUCGAUGACAAUUCCUUACUAUAUUGAUAAUUCCUAAACUCUAUAUAUCCUAUUAUGUGUGAUUUGAUAAUAUCGCUUUGUUUUAACGAAUUUAUUUACAAAUUGAGAAAGCUCGAUAAAAGUAAUUUGUAAUACGUAGAAGUUAUCAGCAAAAUUAAAUGUCAUUAAAUCGGUUUAAUUGACUGGAUGCUAUUUGGAUAAAUUUUGUCUUUUUAUACUAAGGGUACCGGUUUAGGGUACUUAAGAUAGCGGUUUACUAAAGAAAUGCUAACUAAAAAUAUUUUUGUGGGUCUUACUAAAGUUUUAUCUUUUAUCUACUCUUCUGGAAAAAAAUUUCAACGUUCAAUGAAUAUGAUUAGAUUAUUAAUCUUUGUUUUGAAAAAUACUAUGUCUAUUAUUCGGUUCAGUAAUCGAGAGAGAUAAUUCGUAAUACGAUCAUCUGACCACUUCGUAUAAUUGAGUCUAAAGUCGAGUAAAAACAUUGGAGUUGUUUUUUUUUUUAUUAAAACUAUUUAUUUCUAAACAAAAAAAAAACAAUUUUUAUGAAUGGCUGACUGAGAGAAGCAGACGGAAAUAUCUAAGACGCUUUUGGGUUAAACGUAAUGCGACCUUGAUUUCAUUGUGUUAAUAAAAAAUAAUAAUAAUAAUAUACCAUUGAAAAUAAUAAUAAUUUGUUCCAUUAUAACUAAGGAACUAUUUUUGUGUAACGUGUUUGUUUAUAUUGAGUGUGUCAAACAGUUAAAAUGAUUAUCUGGUACUCUUAAAAUUCAAUUAAAAAUCGAGUCGAGUAUUUGUUUAGUUCAAUAUUUCAAAAGCUGAUCUCAUAUUUGUCAGAGUAUGGUUUUACAGAUGACAACUCGACCCAGGCAACAGUAAAAAUUAUUUAGGCAGUUCGAUAAUUUCUCUUUGGAACUCAUAAUUGUAAUGCAUUUUACUACCUGUGACUAAGUGUAUAAUAACACGAGUGUGGUUUACCUGUGAAGGUCAUACGCUUGCCAAUGGUAUUAAUAUUUAUCUAAUCUUGACAAUUUUGUCCAUAUACAAACAACUACUUGUGUGGUAUAUUAUAAACCUCAAUGGAAUUUUUCACGUGGCAAUUGAGAUUUUUUUGCGUUGUGCAGUAUUGAAAUUAGUUAGCGUUUAAGUGUGUUCUACUUUUGUCACCAUGUGAAUAGACAAUGAAAAACAAGUGGGCCAUUUCUGAUGUGUCCGGUAGGGCUGGUCAUCAUAGGUGUGCUUGCGGAUAAGAUUGGUCGCAGAAAAGCUCUCCAGGUAUCAUAUAUACCUCUUGUGUUGGGUUGGAUAAUCUUAGCCUAUGCUGAAAAUCUAAACGCCAUAAUAGCCGGGAGAAUUAUUUUGGGCUUCUCUUUGGGCGCUGGCACAUGUGUGUACUUAUACUUGGCUGAGGUAUGUCCGGCUGUCCAUCGGCCACUUUUCUUCGGGUUGAUCACCGUGGCCGUUGCUCUGGGCACUUAUACUAUGCCCGCUAUGGCUGUCGACUACGACUGGCGAACUUUGUCUUUGAUGAACGUUGUGCUGAGUAUAACAGGAGUGCUUGCACUGUUCGCGGUACCGGAAUCUCCUAUGUGGCAGUGGCAUGCUGGACUCGACCAAGAAGCUAAGGCGACUGAAAGAUGGUGGGGUAUGGCCAACAUGUUACCGACUUGCACUGUCGUUAAAGUUUCAUCAGGCUCUAUUGCGUGGACAUCAAAGUCUGUGUGGAAACCAGCGUUACACGCCAUGAUAUUCUUCGCUUGUCAACAGGGUACGGGUGUUUAUGUGCUUGUAUCGUAUACUGUAGACGCACUUAGGGAUUACCGAGUGCCUAGUGACACCAUCACCAUCACUACUUGGCUAUCGGUUGCCCGGAUCGCUGGAAGUGCUCUGUAUGCGUUCCUAUAUACAGUCAAUCGAAAAACUCUCACUGUUAUCUCUAGUCUAGGCAUGUUUGUUGCAAUGAGCAUUGUGAUGGGUUACACGUGUAUCGUCCAGGAUAUACCCGAAUCGCCAUCGUACGGUAAAUUUAUCUUACCCCCCGCGUUUAUCCUAUACUUCUUCUUCGGCGUCUUGGGGACGAUACCUCUACCUUGGGCUAUGUGUGGUGAACUAUUUCCUAUGGGCGUUAAAGGUACAAUGACUGGUUUGGUUUAUUCUUGUGGGUUUUUUGGAAUGUUGUUAGCUAUUCAAAUUUAUCCUAUGUUAGUAUCAGCCUCGGGAAUAAUGUCAGUGUGGUCAUUUUUUUGUGUGUUUUGUUUAAUUACUGCAGCAUAUGGUGCCUUUUUUAUGCCUGAAACUAAAGGAAAAUCGUUGGACGAAGUACUAAGAUACUUUGAAGAUCCGCAAGAAAGAAUCGAACGUGGUUCAAAUAAAAGAUAGUCUUAUAUGCAUUUUUUACUUGUUUUAUAUUUCAUUACCUUCAUUAUAGUAAUAUUUUAAUGAAGUUGCAUUCAUGUAUUUAACUAUUUUAUAGAUUUUUUAUUUGUAAAUAACCUUAAAAAUAAAUUACCAUACUUAAAUUAAGUACAAUGUAAUAUAUUACCAUGUAAAAAUGAUUUUUUAUGAAUUUUGAAUUAUGUACAAAAGUUACCUACAAUAUUUUUGAUAUUGUUAUAGACUCUCAAUGUUAUAAUUUUAAGUUAUUCUAAAGUGAAUUUUAUGCGAUACAUAACUAUAAUGAAUGUUAUUAAUAAUAGUUAAAAUUUAUAUGACAUUUUUUUUCAUAUUUAUGACAAAAAAAUUUUUGUUUGAAGCCUUAAAAUUGUUUUUUUAUACAAAUACCAUUAAUUAAUUUGCUUUAUAUGAAAAUACUGUAUGUAUACCUUAUUUAAAGUCAAUUUUAUUAAAAAAAUACUCAUAAUACUAAAAUUUUAGUGUCAUAUAUUUACACAUUUAUUAUUAUUUGUAAAUUUGCACAUCAUAUCUUGGGUGAAUAUAUUUAUACCUCAGAAUUGUCAUAUGUUACUAACUGUGUAGCGCUUGAUGAUUGUAAUCGUAACACAACACUACAACGUUUCUCAUAAAUGUCUAACAGAAUAACUAUACAAUAAAUUUUUUUUCAAAAUGUACGUGUGUGAGUGCCAUUUUCUCCACGUAUAACAUUUGUAAGAUUAAUUCAGUAUAUCUUUUUCUUACUUUAUUGAUAUCAUUUUUAUUGAAUUAUAAUUAUUUUGGUGUAGAGUAUAUGCAGUUAUAAUGAGGAUACACGUGCAAAUUUAUUUUUAAUAAUAUAUUAUUGAAAUAAAAUGCAAGUGUUUGAUUUUUGACGCACAAGAGAAGCAAAGUUUCCCUUGAAACGAAACUCCGACAAUGCCACUAUAGGUAUAAAUAUAAUAUUUAUGUUUAAUCAUGUUUAUAAAUAUGAAUUAAUAACGUAUCUCUGUACAGAAAAUUCAA